AUGUCGUACCGUGACCCCGAAACCACACCUUCACCGCCUCCACAGCAGCAGGACCGGCAGCAGUCCAAGCGGCAGCAACCAUCACGGCUACAGCCGCCGCCACACUCAAGACGGCGACAACUAAAUUCGCGAGCUCAGCAGCGACCCAGCCCCAGCUCCAAUCACACCGGCUCUGAUACCAAUGACGCUGGCAGUAGCAGUAGUGGUAGUGGUAGUGGUGGUGCUACUGCCAAUACGAACGCAAACGAGUAUAAGCAGGACUUGCAGGACUUGCAGGAGGAGGAGGAGGAGGAGGAGGAAGAAUGGGAGCUUCGUCACAUUUUGAACCCGCCGCUGCUGCUACUGCCUCCAGCAGCAGCGCCAGGAGGGGCCCCCCAUCGGAGGGCCUCUGCCGGUCCGUCUUCGCCCUCUUCUCCCCCCGCCGCCGCCGUCGAGGGGCAAGUCACUGCCAGUCUCGCUGCUGAUGCUGAUUUCGGAGCGGCCGCCGCCAUGGUGUCGUACGGACCAGUCCCCGGCCCCCCGAUGGUGGAGGUGGCGCGGGGUGAGCUGCCCUCCCUGCUGCCGCGCGAGAUCGCGAUCCUAUCAGAAGCGGCAACGGGGACUGUCAGCUGUAGCAUUGAGACCGAGGGCAGCAGCAGUAGCCAGUUCGGCGGCAGUAGCAGUAGCAACCGCACGAGCCUCCCUGCCGCCAGGGCCGGGCAUGUGGGUGGUGUUUCGGGCCCUAUGGAUGCUGCCGCUGCUGUACAGCGGUGGUUGGAGGCGGUUGAGGAUCGACUGAUCGAGUGCGCGGAGAGCAUUGACCCUUCGGAUGCCGUACGUCUGCUGGCCUGCCUAGCCGCCCUCCACCGUACACCCACGAGGAGUUGUGUACGACUUCUCGUGGCCGUUGCAGGACAGGGCUUCACGGGUUGGCGCUGGAGGGGCUGUAGCAGCAGCUCUUCAUUGCAGCAGCAGCAGUCCGUACAACAGUCGCCUUCCGCAGGUUCCAAUCGGAGUGUGGGAGUGGACGGGGGGCGGGGGGAGGGGCUUUCUGAGCCCCAGCUGCGGACGUUGCUUCUGGCCGUAUCAGCUGUGGACGGGGCCUACCCUGGGGAGCCCUGGCUGGCCGACUGGUGUACGGCAUACAGAAAACACAUCGUGGGGGGGAGAGGGGAGGGUGUGACCCACGGGUCGACGGAGGGGGACGGUUGCGACGAGGAGGCAGCAACAACAGCAUCAGUGGCGGAGAUUCUGUACUGCCUGGCGACACUGCAGUUCGUUCCCCCCGAGGACUGGGAGGCUGCAGCUCUGGCUGCCGUACAGCCCGGUCUGGACCCCUGGCUGGCCCUGGCUGCUGAGCUACAGCCCUCCACCGCGGAAUGGGCCCUCGCUCCGGAACCACUGCCGCAGCUACAGCCGCUUCAGCCGCAGGUUGAGGUCGGGCCGGCCGGCAGCGUCACCUGCCGUACAUGUGGCGCCGCUGCCGCCGCUGACGUUGGUGCAGCUGGCCUGGGCGGUGGGAGCCCUGGCGGCAGCCUGCCCGCUGCCGCCGGCGCCGCCGUACACUGCUGGCAGCGCCGGUCCCGCGGUGACGGCUCGCGCCGCCCGGCGGCAACGGAUGCGAGGGCACCGGCGGCGGGUGUUUGGAGCUGCGCUGGCGGCGGUGACGUCAUGGGGCUCCGUCGGAAGUGCAAACGCAGCUGUAGCGGCGGCGCUGGCGGCCGUACAUAG